AGUCUACGUUUAUAAGUGAUAAUAGUUAGAAGCAAUAUGGCGCAAAUACGACCCUUAACUGAGGAUUUACAAAAGGCAGCCGCCGAAAUUGGUGAAGAUCCCGCUCGUAUUGCAGCCGAUUUGGAGGCAUUGAAAACCUGGAUUAAACAACAGCCACAUUUAAGUGCCAAUACAGAUGAUCAGUUUUUGAUUGCUUUUCUGCGCGGCUGUAAAUACAGCAUGGAGAAGGCCAAAUCAAAGAUAGAUAAAUUUUAUACAUUAAAAACAAAAUUUCCGGAUUUUUUCGGUUGUACAGAUGUGGAUGAUCCCAAGUUUAGGGAAAUAUUUCGUUUAGGCAUUUGGUCUUAUUUGCCUACACCUUUGAAUGGUAAUGGUCCUCGUAUUGGUAUAAUGCGCAUGGGUCUUCAUCCCGCCGAUAAAUAUAACAUUGAAGAGGUUAUGAGGGUGGCUUGUGCCUUGCAAGAAAUUAUUUUGCUCGAAGAUGAUUAUGCCACUAUUAAUGGUGCUGUAUUUAUUGGAGAUUUUGAAAAAGCCACCAUGGCUCAUAUGUUCCAAAUGACGCCUUCAGUUGCCAAGAAAAUGACAGUGUUUUCGGAAGAAGCAGUGCCUCUCAGACCCAAAGCCUCACAUUUUAUUAACACUCCAGCCGGUUUUGAGCCAGUUUUCAAUAUGAUUAAGCCCAUGAUGUCGGAAAAGCAACAGCAAAGGUUGUAUGUCCAUGGCAACAAAAUGGACUUGCUGACCAAAGAAAUUCCCUUGAAGUAUUUGCCCAAAGAAUAUGGCGGCGAAAAUGGUUGUAUUGCUGAUCUCACCGUUGAAUGGGAAAAGAAAUUGGACGACUACAGGGAUUAUUUCAAAAAAAAUGCCGAAUAUGGCACCGAUGAAAGUAUACGCCCCGGCAAGGCUAUCGAUUUUGAUAGCAUGUUUGGCAUAGAAGGAUCUUUCCGUAAAUUGAAUGUGGAUUGAAAGGAAGUGGAUAACAAUUGUUUAAAGUUUAACAUUUUAAGAGUAAAUUAUUGCUAUUUGAAAAACAUUGAAAUAAAUGUGUAAAAUAUUUGUACAGUU